CCUCAGCAAUCUUCAUCAACAAAUCCAAAGUAGCAGCCCUACUAGUCGAAAUGGAACAGUUCUCAACCAUCGACGAUUUCGAAUCGAGCCUCUAUAAAAGUGAAUUCACGAAGGUAAAUAAAGUUAUCAAAAAUACCUUUGUGUUCACAGUCAUUCUCCAUUGUUACACCGCUGGUGCUUUUCUGGUUCCACCGAUUUUCGCCGAAGGGAACACUUUACCCUUCGAUUGCUACGUACCAAGCUGGUUGGGAUACUACUGGGUUUUGAUAUAUCAGGAGUUAGUUUCGAUGAAUACAAUUAUGCUGCCGGUAUUGGCAAUGGAUUACUUUUUCAUGACUACUGUUCGCUUGACUCAAGUUCAGUUCAAAAUUCUGAACGAAAAAGUGAAAAGAAUUUUUAAUAAUGAUGGAAAUGAUAUUGAUACGAAUAUCAAGGAAUGUGUUAAAUAUCACAAUUUUUUACUGCGAUAUGCCCAUAUGAUAAACGAAACCUUUUCAAUAUUUCUGCUCCAUCUUCUUUGCAUCGAGGUUUUGUUAAUGAGCUUCGAAAUAUACACCAUCAUGAUGAAGUCUGAUUUGGAAACAAUGAGAGAUGGAUUGAUUUACAUCGCCGCUACCUGCACAGAUUUCAUGCUUUGCUUUUGUUACCCUUCUCAAGCAUUAAUGGACGAGAUUUCUGAAAUAUCCAAUAGUGCUUAUUGCAGUAAAUGGUAUGAACAUCCCAAAUACAGUCGUGAUAUUCGGUUUAUAAUACAACGCGGACAAAAAAGCGUUCUUAUUGAAGCAGGGAAAUUCUCUCCUAUGGAUUUGAGAACUGGAUUAGCCACCAUACAAACAAUGGUGUCAUAUGCUAUGUUCUUGAAGACUAUGGGUGGCAAAGGAUACUAGAUUUGAACAUCGGUGAUGAUCUGCACAUUAUAUUAGUGACGAACCUCAUUACCAAAAAUUUUUGUUUAGAGAACAUAAAUAUUAAUGAGAGUCGACGACACCAUACACUGCACAAUAAUUG